GCAGGGUGGAUGCUCAGGGCUGGGCUGAGGGUCUCAGCAGGGGCUGUCUCAGGGUGCAGCCCUGCUCGGGCCACCUUCUGGCAGCCCUGUGCUGUGCUCUCCCCAUGCUGUCAUUGUUUGGGAAUCAGCCCUCCUUCUCCUCCACCUGUGUGACCAGGAGCCCGAUGGCUGUGAGCCAGUCAGUGAUUGCUUUCCCCUCUGGGUGUGAGGAUGGCAGUGAGACUGCUGGCAGAUGUUGAUAAUGUGUGUUUUUAACAUGGCCUGAUGAGGAGGGGGUCGCUGCCUCCCUGACGCAGUGCCACGCAGACACACCGUCACUGUUUGCCCCAGCUGCUUGUGCCACCAAACGCAGUGCCUUCAUCGCAGUGAGGGCUGGGGCUGUCCUUGGCUCUGGAACCUGAGCCCCAUGAGGAGCCUGCACAGCUCCUCCACAGCCCCGUAGCUCCUUGCAGCGGAUCAGCAUGCGCCCAGCGCUGUUCUCUUUUCUCUACAGGACCUGCUACCACUUUCCCUUAGUGAGCCCAGUUAGGUGGCACCCAACUUGGGGGCACUGAUGGAGUGAAUUGAAAUGUUGGCUUGAUUUCUUUAAGAAGGCCAAGUUUACUUUGUCAGCAGCAGAAUGACUGUCCUGUAUGGGGACAUGCUGGGGAGCAGAGAGCAGAAACCCCCCAGGGCUCCAUUGCGCAGCUCAGACCGUGGGGACCUCACGAAUCCUCCGGCCUCAUGCAGAGCGGUGUCCAGUUGGGGUUGUAAAUGACUGCAGUGAUUCCUUGUGAUUUUCAGAGGGGAAAAAUGCAUUUUAUUCUGCUUAAUAUUUGUAUGGAUGCUGUAAGGAGGUUUUUUUUUUUAUGGAAAAAUCACGCACAGACCGAAAGAUGAAAGGCUGACUUUUUUCCUUUAUCAAACUUGAUGGAAAGCUCUUUUAGAAGAGAAAGAAAAUAAGCCCAGAAGUGCUCAUGCAGAUAUUCGAGAUCCAGCAAUUAGCUGCUUGCUGCGGAUGAUGUGCACAGCCCCGGUGCCCCCCAGCGCAGCAGGGUCUGUGGGUAUGGGGACACCCAAAGCUCUGGAGCAGCACAGAGGGGACAGGGAGCCCAGCAGGCACAGCAGCACAGGGGAAGGCAAAGAGAGCUCAGCCCGGACUGCGGGUGCUGCUGGCACUGCCUGCGGCUGUGGCUCAGGAGCUGCAGUGCACACAGCAGAACCAACGCGGCCUUUGCCCCCAGAGCACCGCAGCUACGGCGCGGGAUGGGCAGCGUGGAUCUGGGUGUCCCUGGAGCUGCAGAGAGGCACCGGUGUGCUUAGGGGAGAAGUGGACAAAUGGCUGUAGCGGGGGAUUUUUGCAGAGAUAUUUCCUGGAAGAGUGAUGGCUUUGCUGGAAAGCGGAGUGAUGAAAUUUGUGCAGCUGUUUGCUGGCACUCAGGGAGAGGCAGGCUGAGAGCAGAUGUGGGGCGGGCAGUGUGCUGCAAUGAGGUGUCAUGGGGGAACCAGGAGUGGUCAGGGGUGCGCUGGUGCAGAGCCGUUCUGGAUCAGGCCUGUGCCUGUGCCACACAGAGCUCUGUGCACACAGGGUACAAGCUCAUGUGCCUGGUGGUGCUUUCCUGCUCGCAGCGGGCACUGUUGCAGCUGUUUGUCCCUCUGCAGGGGUGCCUCUUCCAUGGCCGGGUGGAGUUCAACCAUUCUGUCCUUCCUGUGCCCUUCUGGUGCUGGCCUGGAGCAGUGCUAGGAUGGGUGCUGGACUGUGGGAUCACCUCCCUCCCCAGUGCAGCACUGCAGUGCGGCUCUGCACCCAGAGAGCCCCUGCUGCGUGCACGUGGAGCUGUGGGCGCUGCUCCCAGCCCAGCUGGUGCGCUGGGGAACGGCACUGCUGGCCCAUGAGAGCCACAGGGAAGUGUGAGGGGGAAGUGACACAUCAGCGUCCCUCCGGCUGCCACUUCUCCCUGCUGUGGUGCUGUGCAGCUGCGCCGGCAGCUCUGUGGCUGCUGUGGCCGUGCUCUCUUCUGAGCAGCAAAGCUCGCUCACAUACAAGAGCUUCAAUGUCUGACAAAGUGCAAAGGGUCCUGUGUGACACAGGCCUGUAUUUAGUGCUGGGAGCACAGAGAGCAGCUCUCAUCCCCUUGCUUGGAGUGCUGCAGAGGAGGAUCUGUCACUGACCUUCUUCUGAAAGCCUCUGGUUAUUGGCGAUGUUUGGUUGUUUGCUUUUCUCAGGCACGUGAGUGCUGGGAGCUGUGUGUGCAGCUGCUCCCCGUCACAGUGCUGUGCCAUGGAGGAGCAAAGCUGUCCCCACUGCUGCUCCAGCUCUGCUCACCGCGACCCGUCCUGCCCCGCUGGCUGCAGGGGGCAGAGCCGCUGCCCCAGGUGAUGAAUGGGGUAUGAUAAGUGGCUUUGGAGAAGUCAACCCUUGGGUAAAGCGUGAUCCAAAUGGACUGGAACAGACAUUCAAGUGAGAAAUAGUAAUUGCUGCACUGCUCCGCAAAUGAAGGAAGAGAGCAAAAUCCCAACCGGAUCUGAGCAGCUUUUCCUGCUUUCCGUCUCCCCCCGCCUGCACAAACAGAGGGGACCCGGCCUUCCUCCCCAGGGAGCUCCUGUUGUGUGCAGCUUCCUCCCUGCAGCACGAAUGCACAGCUCUGGGAGCCGAGUUCCUUCCGGGAAGCUGCUGCCCGCUGCGAGGCGCCCCGAAGCCCCGGCGCUGCGCUUCCCAUCGCAGCAUCCACACCGCUUUGCCCGGCCCUGCCCCGACUGCAGCUCUGCUGCAGGGAUGUUGAGAGCCUGAUGGGGGGGUCAGACAAGGAGGGUGAUACACAGCCCGCGGUUGCUGCUCUCCAGCCCCAUAGGUGCUCCUAGGACUGUGACAGCAUCUGGCUUAGGGUUUAUCCCUGUUUCACCUCCCCCAUAGGGCUCCUCUUUGUUGCAGCUGCGGAAAUAAUUCCACUGAGCAGGACGUCCCCCCACAGGAGGAAGCUGCAGCCUCCUGCUCACCCAGGGCGGCCGUCCCGUUUCUGCCUGCCUGCCCCGGGGAUGGGCCCUGCUGGGGGCUGUGAUCCCACACAGCAGAACGCCCACAUGUCCCCACGUGGUGGCUGUGUUCCCCACCAGCAUGCUGCUCCCGCCGCCAGAUGCCUGCUGCUUUAAGCAGCUCUCCCACUUCUCUCUCCCUCUUCCUCUUUUGCUUUGUGAUCCUCCCUCGGCGUCUCCCAUCAUUGCUUCUCGCAGCCGGGAUCAUCACAGUGUGGGCCGGCCGCGGGGCUCUGGUGCUCCCCGCCCCUCCUUGCUGCAGGGCUGCUCCCGGUGCAGCACAGAACCUCCGCCCGGGGAGGAGCGGCUGCUGCUGCGUGGGCUUCCUCGGGGAAGAGCAGGGUGAGGAGGAGAGCCACAAGGCUGUUCCUUUGCCAGGGACGCUCAGCAGCAGUGGGAACUGAACAGAGGUGCUUUGGGGCACGGCUGUGCGGUGCUGGCAGUGAUCACUGCUGUGUGUGGCACUGCUCAUCCCCUGCUCUGGGGCUGGGCACUAUUUCCAUUGGAGCGAUUUGCUCAGAGGAUCCUGUGCUGCCAACAAGCCCGUGCCGGCGGUUCUGUCAGCCCGUCCCACUGUGCUGCGCUCCUCCCCGCACAAAUGAGCAUCGCUCUGUGUCAGUUGUGAGCAAUGCUUUGACUUUCUUCCCGGAAGCAGAUGGAAUUAAACAGCAUGAGGAGUCCCGCAGAAGCCUCCAGAGGGCAGCUGGGAUGCUCUGCACGCUGAGUUUCAGUGCAUCCUGCUCUGCAGGCAGCGUUAGGUUGGGAUGAGCCCCUGAAUUGCGUGGGAUUGUGUCAGUGGGAACGGCUGCGUGGGGGUCUGCACCGGGUGGGAGGGAGCACUAACAGCCGUCCCUCUCCUCCCGCAGCCAUGACCGCAUAGGGCGCAGGGAUGGAUCGUUUCAGCGAGUGUGGGACGCAGACGGACGCCGUGGUGGUGCUGUCCCUGGCACAGGCUGCGGUGCUGGGCUUGGUGUCCGACAAUGAGCUGCUGGGGGCCACCGUCAGUCCCGCCGGCUUCUUCCCAGGGCUGGGGGGCGAGGGAGAGCCCGACAUCACGGCAGAGCCCGAGAGCGAGGGGACGGCGCCAGACGGGCAGGAUGACGAGUCCCUGGAGGCAGAGUGCUCCCCGGAGAAGCACGCGCGCAGGAGGAAGCGGCCCCCGGUGAGGCUGCUGCCCAAGGUGAAGCGCGAGGAGGCGGAGGCGGAGGUGUUCGAGGUGGCCGCGCCCGGGGAGGACGAGGCCGAGCCGCAGCGCGGCGCCCCGCCCGCCCCCCCCCCCGGACCCCGUGCCGGAGCCAGCGGCGCCGUGAAGAUGAUCGACCUCGGCGCCUUCAGCAGGAAGCCCCGGCGCCUGCGGCACCUGCGCCGGCACACGCGCCAGCAGCCGCACGGCCGCGAACCCGACCCGGCGCAGGGCGGCGGCGCAGACGCCACGCGGACGCCGUGCGCCUUCGAGGCGGGAGCCGCGUCCCCCGGGGAGCCCGAGGCUCCCGCGUCCCCCGAGCGGGUGAAGAGCGAGCAGGGCUUCGCGUGGCAGGAGCCGGGUGAGCUGGAGGCGGAUGCUGCGGGCGGCAACAGCGAGCACAGCAAGAAGGCUCAGCUGGACCGACUGGACAUCAACGUGCAGAUCGACGACUCGUACCUGGUGGAGGCGGGGGACCGCCAGAAGCGCUGGCAGUGCCGCAUGUGCGAGAAGUCCUACACCUCCAAGUACAACCUGGUGACCCACAUCCUGGGCCACAACGGCAUCAAGCCGCACUCCUGCCCGCACUGCAACAAGCUGUUCAAGCAGCCCAGCCACCUGCAGACCCACCUGCUGACCCACCAGGGCACGCGGCCGCACAAGUGCGAGGUGUGCAGCAAGGCGUUCACGCAGACCAGCCACCUGAAGCGGCACAUGCUGCUGCACACCGACAUCAAGCCCUACAGCUGCCGCUUCUGCGGCCGCGGCUUCGCCUACCCCAGCGAGCUGAAGGCGCACGAGGUGAAGCACGAGAGCGGCCGCUGCCACGUCUGCGUGGAGUGCGGGCUGGACUUCUCCACGCUCACCCAGCUGAAGCGGCACCUGGCCACGCACCAGGGCCCCACGCUGUACCAGUGCCUGGAGUGCAGCAAGUCCUUCCACUACCGCAGCCAGCUGCAGAACCACAUGCUGAAGCACCAGAACGUCCGGCCCUUCGUCUGCACCGAGUGUGGCAUGGAGUUCAGCCAGAUCCACCACCUCAAGCAGCACUCACUCACACACAAGGGCGUGAAGGAGUUCAAGUGCGAGGUGUGCGGGCGCGAGUUCACGCUGCAGGCCAACAUGAAGCGGCACAUGCUCAUCCACACCAGCGUCCGGCCCUACCAGUGCCACAUCUGCUUCAAGACGUUUGUGCAGAAGCAGACGCUGAAGACGCACAUGAUCGUGCACUCCCCGGUGAAGCCAUUCAAGUGCAAGGUCUGUGGGAAGUCCUUCAACCGUAUGUACAACCUGCUGGGCCACAUGCACCUGCACGCGGGCAGCAAGCCCUUCAAGUGCCCCUAUUGCUCCAGCAAGUUCAACCUGAAAGGCAACCUGAGCCGGCACAUGAAGGUCAAGCACGGCGUGAUGGACAUCAGCCUGGACAGCCAAGAUCCCAUGAUGGACCUGUCGGGGGCUGAGCACACAGAGCUGGACGGGCAGCAGGAGAUGGAAGACUACGAGGAGGAGAACUCGUACGGCUAUGAGGGUGUGGGGAACCCCCCAGACGAUGGCGCACUGGCAGAGCAGGCCAUGAAGGAAAUGGCUUAUUACAACAUGUUGUAGCAGGGAGGGCGGGUGGCCCGGGGUGGGCGGGGGGAUGGCGAAAUGGACCCAGCAUGUGAGAGAACUGCUGCUGGGAUGCAGUGCUGCUGCAGGGGGGUGAGCAGGGGGCAGGCAGGGACAUCCCUAAAGCACGGCUGGGCACAGGGCAGGGAGCCUGGGAGAGCUCUUGCCUUCAUGAGGUCAUUCCUGCUGGGGGCCCGUUCUCCCUAAGCCUCUGGAUAAGGAGUGCCCUCCUACCCGGUGCCCUGCCACCCCUUUGUCCCUCACACCUCAGUGGUGGCCGGACCCUCGCCACGUUCCUCACCCUCAGCCCUGUGUGAUGUACUUGAAGCUGGCAGGCUGCAUCCCAGCAGACAACGAGCAUCACUCCUGAUCCUACCUCCCGGGUCCCCGCUCAGCUGUGCCGUGCCAUGCAUCAGCCUGGCAUCUCCUGCAUGGAGACCAGCGCUGCACCGCCCCGCGUUCCCCAGCUCCCCACAGCCCAGAGCAGCUCCUGUUGCUCUGGCACCGGCCGGGAGCUGGUACGGGCAGAGCUGGGGCAGGCCACGAGAGGCCACAGGGCACACACACAAAGAGUAUUUUCUUACAAACUAAUUGCAAAGCUCAGCGGAAGCAGCAGCUCUGAGUACAGAGUGGCUUUGGUGAGCAGUGUAUUUAAAGGAAGGCAAACCCUGUUCAACUUGAGCAAAUGAUGGUAUUUUGAAAGUAAUUUAUUUUUUUCAGACGUGCCGCGUGGUUGGAUUGAUCUUUUCACUGAGUUCCGCUUCCCUCAACCAGUGUUCUUUGUAAACCUGUGUAAUGUGUGUGAUCUGUGGAGCUCUGCGGGGCUGCAGGGGCAGCGUGGGCCGGGUGGGGGUCCCACACCCACAGCAGCUGCUCUGCUGCACCAAUGCUGCACACUGCUGCCGUGUGAGCACCUCUGGGCUGCAGGCAGGAGUGUGCCCUGGAAAUGCAGGCCUGGGGGGGGGGCUGCGGGCCCCUCCUGCCCUGCGGUGGGAGCGGGCUGCAGGGCUGCCCUUUGGUCGUGGCACAGCCCAGGACGCUGCACCCCCAUCCCCGGGGCACACAGUGGUUGCAUCCUGCAGCGCAGAGGGGAGCGGGCCGGCACCCAGAGCCGAGGGGCAGCCGUGUGCUGACCUCACAGCGUGCAACCCGUCACCACCCUGCCUGCUGUCCCUGCACCUGGAGCCUCCCACUGUGGCUCAGCAACUCCUCCAGCCCAGCCCCCUCCCCCAGCCCAGCCCCCCGUGCCCACCCACAUCCCCACAUCUACCUCUGUCCCGUUACCAAAAAGCACCGCACCCCGCGCCACGCUGUGCCGGAGAGCCGUUGGGGUGCAGCCUGCGCUGCGUCUGCAGAGUGGUUGGCCCCCCGUGCAAAGCCCUACUGUGUUUAUUUUUGUCUAUCUCCUCGGUUGGAAGAGUUGUUCAGCAAUAAUUCUAAAUAAAUGAAUUUAAAUUCUUUA